UCUCUCUCUCUCUCUCCCCUAUUUAUCUUCUCUUUUCUUUUCUUUCUAUCUUUCUUCCGUAGAAUCUCUUGGAGCUGCCAAAAUACAAUCGAAUAACCUCUCGCUUUGCUCUUUCUUCCACCAUCUCAGUUGACGGAGAGAGAGAGAGAGAGCUUUGAGGGAAAAUAAAAUCAUAGUGGGGGGGAAUGGCAGAGACUGUUCCUGAAGUUUCUGGAGUGAGCUCAAAUGGACAUCACAGUGUAUCAGGAGGAGAAGCACUCUCUGUGUGGAGGUCUUCUGGUCAAGUGGAGAACGGGACGCCAUCAACAUCUCCCUCUUACUGGGACACCGAUGAUGAUGAUGAUGAAGAUUACGGCCUUAAACCCUCUCAAUUAUUUGGGAAACAUACUUGGAAGAUAGCUAAAUUCUCAGAAAUCAACAAAAGGGAGCUCCGUAGCAGUGUUUUUGAUGCUGGCGGCUACAAAUGGUAUAUUUUAAUUUAUCCACAAGGAUGUGAUGUUUGCAAUCAUCUUUCCUUGUUCCUCUGUGUUGCAAACCAUGAGAAACUUCUUCCAGGCUGGAGUCAUUUCGCUCAGUUCACUAUAGCUGUGGUGAAUAAAGAUUCAAAGAAAUCCAAGUUUUCAGAUACGCUGCACCGGUUUUGGAAGAAAGAGCAUGAUUGGGGAUGGAAAAAGUUUAUGGAGUUACCUAAGUUACAUGAAGGGUUCAUAGAUGAUUCUGACUCUCUUACGAUUGAGGCUCAAGUUCAGGUGAUCAGGGAGAGGGUGGACCGACCUUUUCGCUGCCUUCAUUGCGGUUAUAGGAGAGAGCUGGUUAGGGUGUACUUUAAUAAUGUAGAGCAACAUUGCCGACGUUUUGUGGAAGAGAAAAGAAGCAAGCUUGGGAGGUUGAUAGAGGACAAGGCGAGAUGGACGAGCUUCGGUGUUUUCUGGUUAGGGAUGGACCAGAACUGUAGGCGUCGGAUGUCUAGAGAGAAAAUGGACGUUAUACUAAAAGGAGUUGUAAAACACUUUUUCAUAGAGAAGGAAGUUACAUCCACUUUGGUGAUGGAUUCCUUGUAUAGUGGGUUGAAGGCUCUUCAAGGUCAAGCUAAGAACAAGAAAGCUAGGCCAAGUUUGUUAGAUGCCAAGGAAUUACCAGCUCCCAUUGUUAGUGUGGACAAAGAUAUGUUCGUAUUAGUUGAUGAUGUGCUGUUGCUCCUAGAGAGAGCUGCUCUAGAACCAUUGCCUACACAUGAGGAUAAAAGUCCUCAAAACCGUACAAAGGAUGCCAAUGAUGGAGAAGAGGUCAACAAUGAAGUCGUUGAGCGUGAUGAGAGACGUUUAACUGAGUUGGGUAGACGAACCGUGGAGAUAUUUGUUCUUACCCAUAUCUUCAGCAGCAAAAUCGAGGUUGCAUAUCAAGAAGCUGUUGCGCUAAAAAGGCAGGAAGAACUGAUUCGUGAGGAAGAGGAAGCGUGGUUGGCAGAAACCGAACAGAGGGCCAAAAGAGGAGCAGCAGAGAGAGAGAAGAAAUCUAAAAAGAAGCAGGCGAAACAGAAACGGAACAAAAAUAAAGGGAAGGACAAAAGGAAGGAAGAAAAGGUGACUGUUGUAACACAUGAAAAGGAUCUAAAAGAGAACCAACAUGAUGAGGAAGAGAAGGAUUCUGUCACAGAGAAAGCACAAUCCUCAGCUGAAAAGACUGAUAUUCUAGGAGAUGUGUCAGACGACGUAUCUGAUUCUGUGGAUGGUUCGGUCGACAUUCUUCACCCUGAUUUGGAAGAUGGGGACAGUAGCUCGGUCCAUUGGGAAACCGACACCUUGGAAACUUAUCCUCCUCCAUCAGGAGGGAGCGACAUUUCCAUAUCCACACCCAAUGGAAUUGGAGAAAGAAAGAAUCAGUCCACAGUGGAUGAUAGUUCCUCAACUUGUUCUAAUGAUUCUAUCCGGUCGGGGGUUAACAGUGGGUCAUACAAAGGGAAUGCCUUGAUCCGAAACCAGAAGUCACCAAACAAGGGAACGAACCACCAAGUAAAAAUGAUAUCUGUUGCCCGGAGCUUAGCUAGUGAAACAGAUAAUCAACCUUCAACACUUGGAACAGAAUCAAAGAGUCAUAGUUCGCCGUCCGAAUCCGAUUGGGUUGUUGUCUCCCGCAUCCAGGAGCCAGAGAGCUCUCGGAAUCGUAGUCCCGUUCGGAAGGAACGCAACGUUGCUCAAAUAAUUGUGAACUCGGUUGACAUGGAUCGACUUAAAGUGAAAAGCGCUGCUGUACUUUCUUCUCCCAGAACUGCUGCCAAGAAUCCUUCACCACCAUUAACUCAGACAAAGCCGGAGAAAAAGAGCGUUUCUUCAAACGCAGACGCUGUUCCAAAUAGGAAGGUAAUCUCAGCUCCUGGACCGCCUUCAUCAAGUCAAGUAGUGCGGCCUUCUUCAGAUAUUCAGUCGCAAACUGUUGGUCUAAGAGCUGAUACGCAAAAGAUCUCUUCUCCAAAACAAUCUGCAACAACAACAACUAUAUCAAGGCCUUCUAGUGCUCCAGUUAUCCCUGCGAUGCAACCGCACCCUAUCAUCGCCUCCUCUUCGGUUCAAUCAACAUCAUCAUCCCUUCCUCGGUCUGUUAGCUCAGCUGGUCGUCUAGGUCCCGACACUUCAGUACACAACCAACAAAGUUUCAUCCCUCAGUCAUAUAAACACGCCAUAGUCGGUAACACUCCUGGCUCAACAUCUAGUUUCAUCCACCACCCAAGCGCUCAUGGAGUUGUCCCAACCACAUUGCCAUCAUCAUCUUACUCGCAAACACCGACAUUAUCUCAUCAGUCAAGCUUCCCUUUCAGUCAAGACGCGCUUAUGUGGGCAGGAAGGAGUUCAAAUUCUGUAAGCAUGGGCAUGAGCAACCCUUAUACGCCAGCCGUGACUAGCAACAGAUCUAUAAGCCACAUCGAUGCUGAGAUUGCGCGACAACAACAACCACAAAGCUUGAUGACCGACGAGUUCCCUCACCUCGACAUUAUCAACGACCUGCUCGAAGACGAAAACUGCAGCAACAUGGCGUUUAACGGAAACAUAUACAAUUCACAACCGCAGCUUUUCAACAGCCAAUACGCUUACCACGGUGGUGGUGGUGGUGCGGAUUUAGGCAUGUCAGGUGAGUUUAUCUCUAGUGGCAGGUCCAGAAGUUUCGGAGAAGAAGGAUUCCAUUACAUGCCGCGUGUGUCAGCAUCCGUACCAUACGGUGGGGAUGGUUUGAUGCCGACGCAGUGGCAAAUGGGGAGCGUGGACUUGUCUUUACUAGCCAUGAGGAACAGUAACUUGGAAGGUACAACACCAACAUACCAUCAUCACACGUAUUCGAGUUUUUCGCCUGGGAUUAAUGGAUACACUGAGUACAGACCUUCGUCUAAUGGCCACUGAUCUUGUGAGGAAAUGAAGCAAAUGAAUUUGGGAUUUGUAAUGUUUUUUAUCUAAAAAAAAAAAAAA